CAAGAGAACGCACCCAGUGGCACCUCCACCCACAGACAGCACCUCAGAAGCUGAUCUACAAGUAGCGACCCCUAGUGGUCAAAGAGAGAGGUUCUUCAAAUUCUCUUCAAAAUAGCUGAGAAGGACACCUACCCUAACCAUGGAGGAGUGUCUUACUGAUUUGGACAAAGGGGCUCAAUUAACUAGCCUAGUUGAAACACCCCAACCAGUCAGUCCAGGAGAGAUUCUGCACACAGCCAACAUUGACCAGUAUGCUGAGGCUGAAACCCAAGCCUCAACACAGCCCAAAACGUCCCAGGGUCAAUACGAUCUUAGACAAUGCAGAAAGCUCACAGAAGCCAUGCACUCACAUCUGAUGGAGAAAUGGCACACCAUCCACAGGCGCCAUGAAAGAAGCUGGGAGAGAUUAUACAAACUCUACCACGAACAGAAGGAGGAACUCUCCCCAGAAUGGGCACACGCAGUGGAAGGAGAUAAGGAAGACGCCUAUGUGCAAUGGAUGGACUCUGAACAGCAACUCAAGGACGUUCAAGAACAAUUAAGAGACCCAAGUGUCGACAGCGAGAUGCAAAGCCUCCAGCUAUUAAACCAGGAACGCAAGAAGUUUCUAGAAAGCUCACAGGGUUCCCCACAGCCCGAGCCUCACCACAGAGGCAGUCCGGUUGACAGAGCCGAGUCCGAAGUUUCAUGCCUUUCACAUGCACCAUCCCAACGAUCGCACGCAGAUCCAUCUCAGGUUUCUGGAAAGGCCUCAUCCUUCCGCCACAUGUCCAGGGCACACUCUAGCGUGUCCCAACAAUCACAUGUCACAGACGCCUCCCGCCUUUCGAAGGCAUCCUCCCGUCGCAGCCGAGCAUCCAGAAUUUCACAAGAAGAGCAAAUAAUUUUAGAUGCUAAAGCCGCUGAAGCUGUCUUUCGUGUGGCACAAGAGGUGAGGCAGAAAAAGAAGGAGUUGUCGGCCAUAGAACUUGAGGAAGCCAAAAUAGUAGCCAAAAGAAAGGAUGCCCAAAACGAACUUGAACUUACUCAAUGCCAAAGAAUUAUGGCAGACAAAAUGGCUAGAGCGGAAGGCCUUCAGAAAAUACUCCAGUACACCACUUUCUUGCCAGACAGACAACAACUGGAAAACGAAGAGCGUCGUAGCCGCGUACAGACCUAUGUGGACAACCAAAGCACAUUCCAGAAUGCACAGAUGAGAGCACCACAGCCAGCCACAAGCCCCCCAAGACCGAGUAGACGAACAGAGGAAUCUCAACGACCUGAUUCGCUGGUCAACUGCAGAGUUGUUGUCACGACACCUAGGUCACGAGAUCCUCCCGCCGUUGUUGCCACAUCAAACCUGAUGGGAUUACCACCAAUGGCAAUGACUGCACAGCGGGGAGGGCCACAAGAUCUUCCCACCGUUAUUACCCCACAGAACCCACCAAACCAUACCACUAAUGGCAAUCGGAUGGAUCCACUUAUAGCGCCAACAGCCCUACAGCAGCACCAGCCGUCGCUCAGGGAACAGAUUGAAAGAGUUAGAGCCACGCUAGAGUCACUAGAGUCCCUGCUGCACCAACAGGAGGAAGCGCCCCAAGGAACUGCCACCACUCCUGACCACAGAAGACAGCCUCGAGCAUCAGCUCUGACAGCCUACCAGGAAGCUAGCUACACUCUAUCAGAAACACAGACCUUCCAACACAUGAGCAAGCAAGAGCCUGGGCUCCCUCAGCUCAAUGCCAGAGCAGCAGAGUUCAGACCAAGCCAACAAGGUCCCUUGCACGUGACAUUGCAAAAUACACCCAGCCACCAUUACGCCGAAGGAAGUUACCAGCCAAACAUGGCACACGCCCCCACUCCUGGAAGCGAGGUACCAUCGCCACCCGGUUACACCCCUAUGAGACUUUACAGAAGCAAACUAGAUCUGGCAUCCAAGGGUGUACACAAAUUCCCCGAUAAACCGGGAAAGGACUACGUAUUGUGGAAGCUCACGUUCCAAACCGCCAUCCAAGAUGAAGCUAUAACAUCGAGCGAAACGCUCGGACAUAUGAAAACAUGGCUGGGACCGGCUUCCACGCGAUUAGUAGAGAACACUCAACUAGCUCACCUGGGCAACCCAGCUACCGCCCUUCACAAAGCUUGGGAAAGGCUCGACGAGCGGUAUGGCGGGCAUGAACUGACAGAAAAGUCGCUCUUGGAUUGCAUUUACACCUUCCCUAACAUCAAUAUUGACGAUCACACCCAGAUGUUGGAAUUUGCAGACACGCUCUCGAUGCUACAUUCAGUUCGCGAGCAACCCAACAUGCCAAAACUUACCUGCCUCGAUCAGUUCGAGAAGCAAAGGAUUAUAGUUAGAAAACUACCAAAGCAGUCAAGGGAUGAAUGGGCCAAAAUAUCAGAAUCCCACAGGAACCAAGACCCUAACGCACCACCCGCCUUCGCUGUACUCGCUGAAUUUGUGACCGACCAAGCAAAACUACGUCAUAAUGCCAGCAACUUCGAGCCAACAAAUGACAACUUCGGCCCCAACCAAAGUUCUUCCCAAGCUACGGACAGAACCAUACCUUUGGUGUAUAAAACUGACAUCACGCCUUCCCCAAAGAAGUCUCCACACGAACAAACACCGAGAAGCGCUCUUUCGAACCCUCAUCCACCUACCAAAGGCCUAACUUGCCCGAUACACAAGUUCUCUCACUCUCUAAAUGAUUGCAGAGAAUUUAGGAAGAAAUCCCUAGAUGACCGAAAGACCCUACUCAAAGAGAAUAGGAUAUGUUUCAAAUGCUGUGACUCUAUGGAUCACAUAGCCAAGGACUGCACAGCUGAUGUGAAAUGCCACCUGUGCAACAGCGACAGGCACCCAGCAGCCUUACACCUAGAACCUAAGACGCUGCCUAUGGAAUCACGACAAGCAACUAGCUCUACACCAGACUAAUCACUGACCGAGUCCUGUUGCUAAGGAAGACCAGCUUAGACAAUUGAACCUCUUCAGUUCCAGCUGUUCCUGACCCUUCUGUCCCAGCUGUUGUUCCUGUUUCUUCAGCUCCGGCUGUUCCUGAGUUUCCUGAUGUUCCUGA